AUGCGGCCCGCUGGUCCAAGCAAUCUCAACCUCUUGCGAGUUCAUGCACACUCACGCCCCGCUUUCUUCGGACUCGAUUCUGGUGGCCACAUGUUUGAUGAGUCGCUUGGGCUGACCGUUCUCGCUGAAGACGACUGCGAUGAAUAUGAGGAUGGCCAGAAGCAAUUUCUCGCUCAGUUUGUGGCUGCCAAACCUCGUUGUGGUGGCCUCCCGAACACCAAAGCGAACUUUGAUUGUGGAAAGAGUCGGGUAACAACCCCGCUUCUUGCAAGACAAUCACGGGUCCUGGAAGGGACAAAACCAAAGCAACCUUUCAGCCUGACCGUCGACAUCUUAGGCAAAGCCACAAGGUCAAAGUCAAAGCUGCUCGCUGCUGGGCAGACGAUCGGGUAG